GGAGCCUGGAGGACUAGUGAGGAGGAGUUGAGAGAACGGAGCGGACGCCAUGGCGACCAACAUCGAGCAGAUUUUUAGGUCUUUCGUGGUCAGUAAAUUCCGGGAAAUUCAACAGGAGCUUUCAAGUGGAAGGAGUGAAGGCCAGCUCAAUGGUGAAACAAAUACACCUAUUGAAGGAAACCAGGCAGGUGAUGCAGCUGCUUCUGCCAGGAGCCUACCAAAUGAAGAAAUAGUUCAGAAGAUAGAGGAAGUACUUUCUGGGGUCUUAGAUACGGAGCUACGAUAUAAGCCAGGUAAGUUGGAGAUAAUCAGCUGUCCUGAAAACUUUAAGAUUUUUUUUUAAUAGUUAACAGUAGUA